UGUUAGCUCCUCCGGCCUUCUUCCAGUUCGACUGUUCACCUUUCUUCUUCACGCAGCCAAUCUAAGGUAUUUCUCUUUUCUGCGUUCCAUCUCUCAGGCUUCUCUGCUUCAACUCCCAACCCUAUCAACAAUUCUCGAACAGAAAUUGUUCUCUCGUUUCAAUCCUCCAGAUAGAAACACAAUUAGGAGAUGACAUUUUGUUUUUAUCACUAAUGAGUUCUUAGAUUUUGGGAAUUCCAAAUCUGAUCAGAUCAGGGCUAUAUUUUCGAAAUUGCGUAUGAAAUACCGCUCCGGGAUCUUCUUUUCGCGUCUUUGCAAGAGUAAUGGCUGGGAAGGUAGUAAAAUCUGUAGCAAAAGCAGUUUCAGAGUACCAAUACCCAUUGCAAGAGAAGAUGGCAAAGUACAAGAAUGAACUGUCAAAGGGUGUUUGGGGCUAUUGGGAACUUGGAGCAUGGAAACCGCUAGGCAUCAGUGCUCGUAGGCGGGCCCGGCUUCGCAAAGAAGUUCUACUUGCCGGGCAGGACUGGGCUUUUGAUCCAGAAAGGAAGGAAAUGAGAAAGAAGCAGAAAGGGCACAAAUGUGACAGAAUUGCAGCGGAGAAGCGAGCAAAGACAGCUGAACUAAUGCAGCAAAUGCCCAAAAUGUUGGCAGAUUAUAGGAAAAGAAGAUGGGAGAGGAAGAUGAAAGCCGAUGAGGAUGCCGCUAGGAAAGCCCUGCAAGAGUAAGCUCACACCAUUUUCUAGUCUAGUCGGGACGAGCGGAUGAGUAACGAUUAUGAAACCAAAUAAUGUUUUGAGUCGCGCUAGGGUAACCCCAACAUUUUGGGGUUACCGUGGCCCCAAACUUUGCACAGACAGUAAAUGUCCAUGCAACACCGACAGUUAUUGUCAGUCUGAAGCUUGGGGGUCAUGGUAACCCUAAAAUGUAGGGGUUACCCUAGCUUUAUUCUGAUGUUUUUGCAUCAUCCACUUUGUUUUCUGUUAUUUUAUGCCCUCACUGACAUGGUUGAGGAUGAUUUGCCUACUGUGUACUGAAAUUCUUGAGCCCUUGGGUUCAAGGAAUGCCCUAUUAAUAUAGGGAAUGUCAGAUUCUUGGAGACACUGGAUCACUGAAUCAGUGGAAUGUGUUCAAAAUGUCCUAUUAUUCACAUGUUGAUUAAAAGCACCCCUAUUUU